AUGUCUUCUAGCAAGCCCACCAAGUUCAGCCAUCUCCCGCUUAGCACGACCGGCCCCCUCGAGUGCGCCCUCACCGGCACCGCCCUCCUCAACAGCCCCAUCUUCAACAAGGGCUCUGCCUUUCCGCUGUCCGAGCGUCGACAGUUCAACCUGACCGGACUGCUCCCGGCAAACGAGCAGACCCUGGACAACCAGGUCAAGCGCGCAUACCAGCAGUACCAGUCCAGGGGCGACGACCUGGCCAAGAACACGUUCCUGACCUCGCUCAAGGACCAGAACGAGGUGCUGUACUUCAAGCUGCUGCUCACCCACCUCAAGGAAAUGUUUAGCGUCGUGUAUACGCCGACAGAGGGCGAUGCCAUUCAGAACUACUCGAGGCUGUUUCGUCGGCCAGAGGGCUGCUUCUUGAAUAUUGAGAAUCCCGAACUCGUGGAGCAGGACCUUGCUCUUUGGGGAACUGCUGAUGAUGUCGACUACAUCUGCGUUACAGAUGGCGAAGAGAUUCUUGGAAUCGGUGACCAGGGCGUGGGCGGCAUUCUCAUAUCCGGAGCAAAGCUGACCCUCACGUCCCUCUGCGCCGGUAUUCACCCCAACCGCACUCUCCCUGUAGUCCUAGACUGCGGCACAGACAACCAAGAUCUGCUCAACGAUGAUCUCUAUCUCGGUCUGCGCCAGCCUCGAGUUCGCGGAAAGCGCUACGAUGACUUUAUCCAGACAUUCGUCGAAGCUGCUAGGAAGCUGUUUCCUCGAGCCUACAUUCACUUUGAGGACUUUGGCACGAAAAACGCCCGGCGUCUUCUGGAGCUCUACCGCCCUAAGAUUGCUUGCUUCAAUGACGACGUUCAGGGCACAGGCUGCGUGACACUUGCCGCCCUCCUGGCAGCGUUGCAUGCCAGCGACCAGAAGCUCAGCGACUCCCGCAUCGUCAUCUUUGGCGCCGGCAGUGCUGGAGUCGGAAUUGCAGACCAAGUCAGAGACGCCAUUGCCACGGAGCAGAACAUUAGUCACGAGAAGGCUUCGCAGCAGAUUUGGUUAAUUGACAAGGAAGGCCUCCUGACAACCAAGUCAGACGUCUCGGCCGCCCAAAAGGGGUACGUCAAAGACGCCUCCGAGUGGAGUGAUAACACCACCCUCCUCUCCGUCGUCCAGCAGGUCAACCCCAACAUCCUCAUCGGCACGUCCACCGUGCCCGGCGCCUUCACCGAGGAAAUCGUCAAGGCCAUGCACGAGAACGCGCCCCGGCCCAUCAUCUUCCCGCUGUCCAACCCGACCCGGCUCCACGAGGCGAAGCCGGCGGACCUCCUCAACUGGACGAACGGCAAGGCGCUGGUCGCCACCGGGUCGCCGUUCGAUCCCGUGACGGGGCCCUGGGGUCAAGAUGGCGGGGAUGUGACGAUUGAGGUUGCCGAGUGCAACAACUCGGUGGUUUUCCCCGGCAUAGGCCUCGGCUGCGUGCUCAGCCGGGCAAAGCUGCUCACGGAUAAGAUGCUCGUCGCGGCCGUCGAGGGCGUCGCCUCACUGAGCCCUGCGCUCAAAGACGCAACGGCGCCCUUACUCCCAGACGUUGAAGACGUGCGCCCCGUGAGCGUCCAGGUAGCCAAGCACGUGAUCCAGGCCGCCGUGAAGGAGGGCGUGGCCACAGAAGAAGGGAUUCCUUCGGACGACGGCGAGCUCGAGGAGUGGAUCAGGGAGCAGAUGUGGAAUCCCGAGUACCGCCCGCUGAAGCUGGUCAAGAUGGAGAACGCGACGAGGGCGGCCAAGGGAGAGCUUGGGAAGGCGAUGCCGGGGCUGUAG